AUACGUGUACUUUCAUUCAUGUAUGAUUACAUGGCAUGCAUUUAAUUCAUGAAGGUCGAUAACGUCAAUGUUUCUGUAUAUCUCUUUAAUGUUGAAAGUUCAGAAAGUUGCCACAGUGUCGCCACAAACUGACAGCUUUCAAUCAGCUGAUUGCUCCGAUCAGCUGACUGUUGCUCUCGCGUUCAGCACGCGUUCGUCGUUCACGUUUGAUCGUGAUUAAUUAAUUAAUUUAACAGAAUGAGCAUACUCAAUCAACUGCCACGUCUCGCUCGCAUUUCGAGCGUUCUCCACCGCGAAAAUGUUUUGCGCUUCUGCACAAAGAUCGAGGAACCGCCAAUACCUGUGAAUCCACUUAAAGAUACGUACGGUGCUAGUUUUCAGGCUAAAAACGGAGUGAUAUACGACAAGAAGCCGUUCAAGAUACGUCUCGAGGCCGGCAAAAAUUACUCGUGGUGUCUUUGUGGUCAGAGCAAGGGCCAGCCACUAUGUGACGGUACGCACAAAAACGUUUACCUUAAAAUCAAGCUUAGACCAAUACGUUUCACUGUCACGGAGACCAAGGAGUACUGGCUGUGCAACUGCAAGCAAACGUCAAACAGACCUUUCUGUGAUGGCACGCACAAGAGGCCUGAUAUACAGGAGAAGAAAAAUAAAAUGUGUGGACAAUUGUAUUUCUCGAUAUGAAAACAUCGUCAAAGUUAGUUACUUUAUAUAUAAUGAUAAGCCUCUUACAAAUACAUACUUAAGAAUGUAUAUAAUAUACAUAUGUA